AUUCUGUGCAGUUCGUGCGAAGGCGGCCACGUCGUCGUCGAAGGAUUACUACGCGACGCUGAAUGUGAGCAGGAGCGCUUCGCUUCGAGAGAUCAAGGCCGCCUACAGGAAUCUCGCUCGAAAGUAUCAUCCAGAUAUGAACAAGAGUCCUGGGGCAGAAGAAAAGUUCAAAGAGAUUAGUGCUGCAUAUGAGGUUUUAUCAGACAAUGAAAGAAGAUCUUUAUAUGAUCGCUUUGGUGAGGCAGGUUUGCAGGGAGAAUAUGGAGGAGAAAGUGUUAGUCCACAGGGGGUAGACCCAUUUGAAGUUUUCAAUGCAUUCUUUGGCGAGUCAAAUGGGAUUUUUGGAGGCGAGAUAGAUCCUGGGGGGUUCAGCUUCAAAAGAAGAAGUCAGCAAAGACGGGAUCUUGAUGUUCGGUAUGAUCUAUCUUUGAGUUUUGAAGAAUCAAUUUUUGGAGGGCACCGGGAUAUCAAUGUCACUCGUUUUGAAACAUGUGACACAUGCAGUGGAACUGGUGCAAAGUCUAGCGAUUCAAUAAAGUCAUGUGGAGAAUGUGGGGGCAGAGGUGGGGUCAUGAAAAGUCAGAGAACACCAUUUGGUGUGGUGUCACAGGUAUCUACUUGCUCAAAAUGUGGUGGGAAUGGCAAGACAAUCACUGAGCUAUGCAGAGUUUGUGGCGGCGGUGGAAGAGUACAGGUGAAGCGGAGUGUUGAAAUUAAUAUUCCAGCUGGCGUAAAUGAAGGUUUUACUAUUCAAAUUCAGGGUGAAGGAAGCUUUGAUAAGAAAAGGGGUAGUAUUGGCGAUCUUUAUUUAUUCAUUCAUGUGGAUGAGAAACCAGGAAUUCGGAGGGACGGUCUUAACUUGUACUCUGACGUCAGUAUUGAUUACACUGAAGCGAUAUUAGGAACUAUAGUUAAGGUCGAAACUGUUGGGGGAUGUAGGGAUCUUCAAAUACCUCCUGGGACACAGCCUGGCGACUCUUUGGUGUUUGCUAACAUGGGGGUUCCAAAUAUUAAUAAACCUUCAGUUCGAGGUGAUCAUCAUUUUGUUGUCAGGGUACAGAUUCCAAAAACUAUCAGUGAUGAGGAGCGCUCACUAGUUGAAAAGCUAGUGUCGCUUAGGGAUGUUUCUAUCAAUCACUCAUCCUCAUCAGAAGGGAAGCUUCAGGAAAACAUUGACAAACACAAAAUGAGCAAAAGGAGUAACCGUGUUUCACAAAAAGAGGCCAAAAGUUACUUAUGGAGUUCUUUAAAGAAAUUGUUUGGGCAGAAGCAGGGAACUGGGUUUGCAUCUGUCAGUUACGUACAGUCAUCAUCACCAGCUUGGAUCAUUCAUGUCAAAGCUGAUCCCUCCUCCAUUAUUUCCAUUUGUGGGAUUAUUGUUGUAACAUGUAUUCUUUCUUUUAUACGUGAUGGAAAAAUUAGCAGGUUAUUUUUACAUCGGCUCCAGAGGCACUUCAUUAAAAAGGAACGCUAACAACUGAUGGAAUUUACGUAGCUUUUUAAAUGGGUGGACUCCUGGGUUUAUUUUCAUAAGUUCUGCCCUUUUAUUGGGUUUAUUGAUCUGCUUAUAAAUGAGAAUAUACAGUGGCGAAGUUGGUACCAAAAUUUUUGGUGUGUAUACUUAAGUUCUUACAGAAAUAUUUCAAGCCUCAGCCACAGAACAUUCAUAGCCCUGGCCCCUGGUGUUCCACAAAACUAUCGUCGACUUCCCAAUGGCUGAGUGAUUCUCAAGGUAGUUUCUUACAUGUUCAGUUUGUUCAAUAGAUCUAAUGAUGUAAAACUUGCGAUUCAUUGAGUAUUUGAUGCAUUAUCGGAUCCAUAGUUUGCCAUUUGGUGAGAAUUUUCGGAAGAGAUUAUCCUAA